AUGUUCCAGGACUGCGGUUUAGCACAAACAGCCUUUAUUGACAAGCUAAAGGUUCUGAAUGCAGCAACAGUUCCUGAAGUACCUGUUUAUAGACCAACUGCUUCAGAAUUUGAGGAUUUCAGCAGAUGUGUCUCAAUGAUUGAAUCCCUAGGAGCCCAUCACGUAGGUCUCUGCAAGGUCAUACCGCCACCUUCUUGGAUUUGUCGGCGUACAGGCUAUGACGACAUUGGGGAAUUUGUGGUUGAGAAACCUAUAUGUCAAAGUACAUACGGUAGUCGUGGUAUAUAUUUUCAGGAUAUUUCACCGAAGAAAAGCCUGAGCUUUAAUGACUUUAAAAGUCUUGCAAUCUCCGGUUCGUAUUGCACCCCAGAAUUUAGGGAUUUUGACCAUCUUGAGAGAAAAUAUUGGGCAUCCAUCGGCACCAGUCGUCCAUUGUAUGGGGCUAAUGUGAAUGGAACUUUGAUGGAUAUUGACCAUAAUACCUGGAACAUUUCAAAGCUUGAUUCGAUACUAAGCAGGGUUUUCAAAGAGGAAGGAGUGCAGAUACCGGGAGUGAAUACUCCCUAUUUGUAUUAUGGAAUGUGGCGUUCUACAUUCCCGUGGCACGUUGAAGAUGUAGACUUGUACUCUAUUAAUUACCUCCAUUAUGGACUUCCAAAGUGUUGGUAUGUCAUACCACCGGCUUAUGCGCGUAAAUUUGAAGCAUUUGUUUCUGAAUAUUUUAGGUCAGAGUUUCUUAAAUGCCAUUGCUUUCUAAGACAUAAAUGUGUUUUAAUAAGCCCUACUGUUCUUUCACAGGCUGGUAUUCCGACCAGAAGAAUUCUUCAAUAUGAGGGUGAAUUUAUGAUUACUUUUCCAUAUGCAUACCAUUCAGGCUUCAACAUGGGCUUAAACAUAGCAGAGUCGACAAACUUUGCCCUUGAUAGGUGGAUAGAAUACGGGAAGCAUGCUAAAAUUUGUACCUGCUGGGAUGAUACAGUGAAAAUAUGUAUGGAUCCAUUUGUUCGCAGAUUUCAACCGGAAUUGUUCGACGAUUGGAAAAUUGGAAAAAACCCCCAACCUCAUCCUCUUGACGAAUAUUUGUUAAGGGAAAUGGGUUGCCAUGCUGAAAACACAUCAAUUUAUCCAAAUAGUUCCAAAGUUUUACUGGGAGUGCAGCGUCUUGCAGUUACGAGCGUAAAUUACAUUCCUACUGAACCUCUUCCAUUCAAACAGUCGCCACCGAAAUUAGGUGAUCUAAACUACAUCGAUAUGCGGUACUCUUUGAAACAGUUUAAAAAAGCUAAACUUCCUUACCAUAUCUCUAAAAAUGCUUCUCUCUGCGCUUUGUGGUGUGGAAACUCAUUCAACGAGGAAACUGAACGAAAUUUCAACAUCUUUAUUGGUAGCAAUAAACCCUACUGUGCUGUUUGCUCAUUUUUAUGGACACCUCAGCACAUUUCCAAACUUUUGUCCAGUGGACAUGAAGACGAAGAAUUGCCUGCUUACUCUGAGCCUCAUAUACCUGAGGUUGCAUACCACCGCUUUUACGAUUCUCCGUUAAAUGUUCCUCCAGAUGUUAAGAGUCGCAUCAUGAGAUGCUGUCGCUGUUGCUUAACGGUACACUCUAGAUGCUAUGGUGUUAGCGAUGAAGUAUUCAGUGGUCAACCUUCAAAAAGUCAAACGGCUGAUACAACGCUAAGAACUUCUUGGCUUUGCGAUGCUUGCACAGCAAGCGCGAAACCUACGUGCGUCUUUUGCUAUAUGCGUGGUGGAGCUAUGAAAGCUUUGGCUAACGUAAAUAAUGCUUAUACUGGUCGACCAUACUGGGCCCAUUUAAUCUGUGCAUUGGCUACCCCUGGAUGUCAUUUCAAGGAUGUACCUAAAAGAUUAGCUUUUAUUUCUGAAGACUGUGUUCAAUCAGCUGUCACCUCAGCUGAAUUAUGCUCGAAAGAAAAGGAUCAUUAUACGUUGAAUCAAACUCUUAACACAACUUCUGAAAAUAAACUUCCUCCAGAUCCUUGUCUGUCAAGCUCUUUUUAUGUUCCAGUUUCAAAUUAUUUAACUAAAAAUAUGAAACUUAUUCGUAAGAGAUCUCUUGAUAUUAGUUGUAAUAACAGUGGUGUUUGGGAAUGCCGUCGAUCUAGUCAAGAAGACAGAGUCUGCAUGUCAAAAACAAUAAAAGGUUUAAAAUUACUCAACUGGAACAAUAUUUCUGAUGAUCAUUAUCUGAAAAAAAAUAUGGCUGUAAAAUCCAUUGAGAAUAAUGCUUCUCCCAUUCGUUCUAAAUGUGUUGUUUGUCGGUUGCCCGGAAGGGGAUUCCUUCCACUAGCUCCAUGUUGGUAUGAUGGUUGUUCUGCUCGAUUUCAUGUCACUUGUGCUCAGAUGGCUGGUGUUGUUAUUGGUACAGAUGUAUAUCCUCGUCUCUUUUAUCUUGCAUGCAGUAAACAUCCCACCAAUUACGAUCACCCAAAUUUCCACGACCAGGGUUCUGUUUCUCCAGGGGAUGAGGUCAUGGUGCAAGAGAUAAAUGAUCUUAAAUUUACUUCUGCUAUCGCUAUUCGAAGAGUUACUCCCUUAUACUACACACCACCAGAAUAUUUGACAAAUAUUAAUUGGCUCAAAGACGGACUACCUGAGAAAGGUUCACUUGUCAAGGUCUUGUGGGAUGAUGGAGUUGAAUAUACAGGGACUUAUGAAGGUACCACUUCUGAGCAAUGGGAAGUCCAACUAGAGUCUGGAGAUACUAGAAUAUUGAACCGUGAGCAGUUUUACGUACAACCGAAAAAAAAAUGUACAAAGAGUGCUCGAUCCCUUGGUUCGGUUGAUGAAUAUUCGUGUUCACUAUCAGGUGUCAGUGAUGAUGAUCUGUUACCACCUUCAAAUUCAUGA